AUGUUCGGAACCCAGGCACAGAGUAGGGAGGUCUCCCAUGGGUUCAGCUUUCACGUACGGUACCGAAGUCCCGCCACCACCAACAGCGGCGGCGGCGGUAGCGGGAAUCCUAGCGCGGCUUCCACCGCCGGCAAGGCCAUCGCCGGGAAGAUGCCCAGCUUCUCUGUGAAAUUUCAGGACCUGUACGGGUUCACGGUGGAGGGCAACGUCGACGACGUCAAUGUCCUGAACGAGGUGAGGGAGAGGGUGAGGCAGCAAGGAAGGGUGUGGUGGGCCUUGGAAGCGAGCAAAGGCGCCAAUUGGUACCUGCAGCCGCAGAUUUCAUCGUUGACCCAAGGCAUCUCCGUGGGCUCCCUCAAGUUCUCCGUCUUGGCGAACACCAUCUCCCUCCGCAAGCUCAUCAGGAAGGGCAUUCCGCCGGCGUUGAGGCCGAAGGUGUGGCUCUCCGUUUCCGGCGCCGCGAAGAAGAGGUCCACCGUCCCGGAGAGUUACUACGAUGAUCUCAUUCAAGCCAUCGACGGCAAGGUCACGCCGGCCACGCUUCAGAUCGAUCAUGUGAGCCCACCCUUCUAGUGGUCUGUUUUUCUCCGCUCAUAUCCGUGAGAGUCUUGCUUUCUUUGAUGAAUCCCCCAGAACAUGCACCGAAACUUCCAAUCUGGGAUAUAUAAAUUUAAUGUCUUCGAAUGCUUCCAUUCGAUCCAAUUUCCUCAAUUUAUUGUUUUUUGAUGAAAUAAUGGACAAGAAAUGGGGAAAAAGGCAUCAUUUCUGAAGAACACAGCUUCAACCCUCCUCCGGUUCAUCCAUUGACCUGACGAAAUCUCCCUUUCAGGAUCUCCCUCGCACCUUCCCGAGCCACCCUUGGUUGGACACGCCCGACGGUCAGGCAUCCCUGCGCCGAGUCCUGGUCGGGUAUUCCUUCCGCGACUCUGAUGUCGGAUAUUGCCAGGUGAGUAUUAAUUAAUUAAUAAUCCUCCUCCCUCAGAAAAAAAAUGAGAAUUAAAAUAAAUGUGAGUUGAAAUAUCGAUUUUUUUUUGUUUGUUUUUGUUUGCAGGGUUUAAAUUAUGUGGCCGCGCUGCUGUUGCUGGUCCUGAAGACGGAGGAAGAUGCUUUCUGGAUGCUUGCUGUUCUCUUGGAGGAUGUCUUGGUGAACGACUGCUACACAGAUAACCUGUCCGGUUGCCAUGUGGAGCAGAGGGUCUUCAAGGAUUUGCUGGCUAAGAAAUGCCCAAGGUUCGGCCGCCUCUGCUCUCCCUUCUUCUUCUCUCUCUUCCGAGAUAGGUUAUCUGUAAUCAGAUUGGUUGGACAAAUUCUCAGGAUCUCUGCCCAUUUGGAUGCCAUCAACUUUGAUGUCUCUUUAGUGACGACAGAAUGGUUUCUUUGUCUUUUCUCCAAGAGCUUGCCUUCAGAGGUCAGAACUCACCAUUCCUCUCUCUCUCUCUCUCUCUCUCUCUCUCGCUAUACAUAUAUAUGCAUAUAUAUAUAUAUCAAUGUGCAUAUAAUAUGUAUACAAGUACAGUAUUUCUGUGAGUUGUGACCCAUUGCCUGAAUUUUAUCUGCGUUGACUCGGUUUUUUGUUUAAUUUCUGAGUAGACCACCAUGCGCGUGUGGGAUGUGCUGUUCAAUGAGGGGGCAAAGGUUCUGUUUCAUGUAGCGUUGGCUAUCUUCAAGGUGGAUGGCUGAACCUGCUCCAUUCAAUUAAGUUUUUUUUUUGUGUGGAUAUGUUGGAAAAUAUCAACCUGGUUUUCACAGAGAAUAUUCAUCCAUCUUAUUUAAAAUAAACUUAUAUAUACACCUGUUUAUAUAUGUAUUUUAAUUUUUUUUCUGCAGAUGAAGGAGGAGGAAAUCUUGAGUGCCCAUCACAUUGGAGAUGUGAUUGAUGUAUUGCAAACGACCACCCAUCAUCUUUAUGAUCCUGAUGAACUGCUGACGGUAAUGAAUCCGAGCCCCACUUUCUCAUGUGAUUCCCUACAGGAAUUGCCAUCUUCAUGCUCGGAUAACUUGCCCACAAUAGGUUCUCUGUGCUAAUUUCUUAGAAGAAAGAUGAUCCUAUAUUUAGCAUAAAAAAAAUUAUUCGGGCUUGGUUAGUUAACAUCCUAAUAAUCUCAAACUCUUAUUCACUAAUUCAGUGCAGAUGCGCAUGACAUUUAUCAGAUUUUUUAGAACACUCCAUUUAGAAAGGUGCUUGCUUGGUCUGGAUCAAUCAAUAGGAAGACUUGAUGCCAUGCUAAAUGUAUUCUACUUUGGGGUAUUUAUGGUUUUCUACCACAUUAAAUCAAUAGGAAGAGUCUUAUAAUAAUAAUAAUUAUAAUAAUAAUAAUAUUUAUUUAUUUAUUUUUGGUUUGUGGUCUGUGGGGAUUUAGGGUUUCUUUUUAAUUGCUUUCUCUGGAAUGAUGUUGCAGGUGGCUUUUGAUAAGAUUGGGUCCAUGACGACAAACGCCAUCACCAAGGAAAGAAAAAAGCAGGAACCGGCAGUGAUGGCUGAGCUUGAUCAGAGGCUGAGACGACUCAAUUCCUUGAACUUAGAUGAUAAAUGA